AUGACGUUACUGAGACGAAAUGUUGUUAUUGUCUUAGCUUGCGUAAUUUUUCUUACCUUGGUCUACAAACACCAAAAUCUUUACGCUGUUCAGAAAAGCGCAAGAAGAAGGAGGGGUAACUCCACAUAUAAUAAUGAACGCUCAGAUUAUCGAGUUGCUUCCCCUGGUAAACUCCGGAACACGAAAACAAUUCAGUGGUUUGACACUUACCACGAUGGGCAUGGCCUGCGUAUGAAGGCGCAUAAUGUUCGACUGGACCAGUGUGAGUAUAAUAAUUGUGAACUAUUGGAACAUAACAUCGUCCCGGAAAGAGACAAUAAAAUUUAUGGACCGCUCUCCGCCGACGCCGUCAUCUUCCAGGGAUGUCAUUUGGGUCAAUUUUUGCCGCCGGAUCGCCGGGAUGACAAUCAGGUGUUUGUAUUUGCAGAGAGAGAAACUUGGUGGUAUAUGGGAGCGUUCGAAAGGAUGAUGGACCCGGCUUUGAAUAAAACGGAAAAACUCAAAAAAGAAAAGACUUUCUCAAUGCAAAUACCGGAUGUAUUGAAACAUCCUAGUAAAUAUUUCAACAUAUUCCGAUUUCGAAGUGUAUUUAAUUGGACAAUGACGUAUCGUCGAGAUUCGGACAUUUAUAUGCCGUAUGGAGAAAUUUUAUCUAAACGAGAUGCCAUUACCAGAAAGUAUAUUUCUCGUUUUGAAGUCAAAACGGAUGAAAAGGACUAUGACCGUAUAUUUUACAGAAAAACAAAGGAAGUGGUUUGGCUAGUGAGUGACUGCGAAACGAAAUCAAAGCGCGAAUACUAUGUACAGCGGAUGAGUAAGUAUAUCAAUGUCGACAUUUACGGAGCAUGUGGAACACUUUCUUGUCCGAAAGGAAAAUAUGAAGAUUCCGACAAGGAUAAUUGUUUAAAUAAAAUCAUAAGAGACUAUAAGUUUAUUCUGUCGUUUGAAAACACAUUUCACACGGAUUACGUCACAGAGAAGUUGUUUGAUUGGUUUCCACGAGAUAUCGUGCAAAUCGCUUAUGGAAUGGCAGACUACGAAUCGAUUACUCCACCUGGAACAGUCAUCAACGCCGCAAAUUUUAUAUCACCACAAGAUUUGGCUAAUUUUCUUAAUCGACUCGCUGUGGAUAAGAAUAAAUAUGUUAAAUACUUAAGGAACAAGGAUAGACAUUAUUCCGCAGGUCUUGAUGAGAUGCAACAGAAAGCUUAUUGCAAUCUUUGUGAGAAAUUGAACCACUUGGAUAAAAACAGACGGGCAUAUCCUAACAUUGGACUUUGGUGGCAGCUUAAUGAUACUUCGGCCUUUCAAGAUUUGUACCUUCAAGCUUUUGGAGUUGAAGAUAAAAAACAAAAUAAGGUUAUAAAGUACGUUUUUUAUUUCAUAAUGUUUCUAUGCACGUGUGCAUUUUUCACGGUGACUUACUCCUAUCUCAAGGGAGGAAAACAUAAUAGCUGA